CUGACCAAGAAAUAAGUCAACUCGCAGCUGGCGAGAAUAUGAGCGAAAGGCAAUCGGAGAACGACAUGGGCUGUCUUUGGUCCCCCAAGGAGAAGCAGAGUGGAUUAAACACGAAUUAAUGUGGAAUUUAUCACAGUUUAAAGGUGGAACGACGACCGGACACAGCGCUUUCUCGCCAGGGACUGACUGAUCAUGGUCGCCGUGGUCCGCUCUCUCAUGGUACUGCUGCUCGCUCAGGUGCUGCUGGAAGGUGCUGCGGGACUCAUCCCGGAGGUUGGCCGAAGGAAGUUCAGCGAAUCUGGGAAGCAGAGCCCGGAGCGGUCGGAGAGCUUCCUCAACGAGUUUGAGCUUCGGCUUCUCAAAAUGUUCGGCUUGGGCCGCAGACCGACCCCCAGCAAAAACGCCGUGGUGCCCCAGUACAUGGUGGACCUUUACCACAUGCACUCUGCGAACGGAGACCACAGCACUAAACGGACCAAGAGUAUGGGGAAGCACGCAGAGAGGGCCGCCAGCAAGGCCAACACAAUUAGAAGCUUUCACCAUGAAGAAUCAAUGGAAGCCCUGGCCAGCCUGAAAGGCAAAACAACCCAGCAAUUCUACUUCAACCUCACUUCAAUCCCUAAAGAAGAGCUGAUAACUUCUGCAGAGCUCCGCAUUUACAGGGAUCAGGUCAUUGGAGCUGCACCCCCGAACAGCAGCGCUCUAGCUGGAGGCCUCCAUCGUAUCAACAUUUAUGAAAUCUUCGGAGUUCCAGUAGGCUCUAACAGCACAGAACCUCUGGUCCGUCUGCUGGAUACCCGGCUGGUUCAGGACUCUUUGAGUCGCUGGGAGAGUUUUGAUGUGAGUCCUGCUGUUUCUCAAUGGACAUCAGGGCAAGGCCCCAACCAUGGCUUUAUGGUGGAGGUGCUUCACCCAGAGCAUGAGGAGAUGGACUCAGAGCAUUCCCAGAGACGAAACAAGCAUGUCAGGGUGAGCCGGUCCCUCCAUCAGGACCAGGACUCAUGGCCACAGGCCCGACCCUUGCUGGUAACGUACGGUCAUGACGGCCAUGGGGAUUCAGUACUCCAUACACGGCAAAAAAGGCAAGCACUCCGGAAACAGCGCAGGAAGCAUCCGCACAAGGCGAGCUGCAAAAGGCAUACCCUGUAUGUAGACUUUAGCGACGUGCAAUGGAACGAGUGGAUAGUGGCACCUGCUGGCUACCAUGCCUAUUACUGCCAGGGGGAAUGCCCCUUUCCAUUACCUGACCACCUUAAUGCAACAAAUCAUGCCAUUGUGCAGACUCUUGUCAACUCCGUCAACCCAAGCAUCCCCAGAGCCUGUUGUGUGCCCACAGAACUCAGUGCCAUUUCGCUGCUUUACCUGGACGAAUAUGAGAAGGUGAUUCUGAAAAAUUACCAGGAUAUGGUGGUGGAGGGCUGUGGCUGUCGAUGAAAAAUGGAUUGGGUGAACUUAAAGUGAAAGUGGACACCAGAGAAAGACAAAGUGAAUAAACUUUACUAUGGACACCCAGUUUCUCAAUGAAGACAUUUAUUUAUAUGAAAGAAACAGAAAAUAGAGAUAUUGAGUGCAAGUCCUUAAAGUUUAUAUAUAAAUAUAUUUAUGUCUACAUAAAGUUGGGAAAGUUUUAAUCAAAGGAAUAUUCCUUAACUGGUUCUAAAAAAGCAUUUCUGUUGUACGUAAUGAAAUGGGUGCAAUACCACAUGAAGUAUAAUGCUGAGAUGUUUAUAUUGUAUUUAUUACUAUUAUAACCACUCUAUUUGUAAAUAAAUAAUGUGUAUUUAUCAUAAAAACAUACAAUUAGUCCAGUUUUCUAAGAUCAGCACCAGCUGUAUCUGGGAGGGGGCCUGGAAAGAGCGUGAAGACGUGUGGUUGGUGUAAAGAUGGGUUUAAGUGCUGACUACAAAGAAUAUAACACUGCACUAAUUGCAACUAAAGCAAUGAAAUAUUUGGGUAAAUGUAAUUGGAAACCGAAAGCAAAGAUCACUGGUGUAACAAGCUGCAAUGUAGAGCCGGGUCACACAACAAUUUUCAUGCCCACAAAUGUAAUAGACUCCCAAGGGAGGAUUAGAAAAACAGCCAAGUGUGUUUUCAUACAUUACAUGUCACUGCAAAGAUUCCUGGGAACAAUCUUCCAAGAGCGAGCUCUCAUGUUUAUUCUUCCCCAAACCAAUAUUAUCAGAGGAGAAAGAGUGGAACUGCAGCGCUUCUGUGCAAGCUUGGAUGGGUUUAUUUACAACAAGAACUGACACUGAAAAGCUGCACACUUUGGUAGCUGGGGACACCAACUAAUCUGUACCAAGAAAUAAACUUUACAAUGAAUUUAAUUUACUAGAAUAAACAGAUAUCUACACCUGACUACGAUCAUGAAAAAAUGAUAUUAGGCACCCCUUGGUUUCUUUUUUUUUUUUUUUUGUUCAGGUAAAAAUAAACAUCUCUACAACAACAAAUAGUUAAAAGAAAACAUUGGAAUAUUAAUUCGUCCAUGAAUAUGUAUGCAGCAGAUAAUCAGACAAAUAACACCAAAAUCUCUGUCUUUCUUCCUUUAGCAUGUUUAAAUUCUGAGUUUUUUUUUAUUUAUUUAUUCAUCAAGCUUUAAGAGAAAUAUAGUAUUACUUCACAAGCGACACAGCUGAAGCAUAUGUUUCACUGAAAGAGCAGGAAACCCAUGAAGUAUCUUACAAUAUAAAGCAGAAUCCUAACUUUCUCUUAAAAUAUUGGAUACACACAAAAAAGGGAUAUACAAUCUAAAUGAAAGAGAACUGGUCCAAACCCACUCCAAACAUCACAGAGGAGAUCACCUUGUUUUAUCAUAACAUCAGAUCAGAUAAUAAGAGACAAAAGAGAAACUCAAAAGAGUCUUGCGGGGUUAAGAAUGAGUGCUCUCGCUGCUGUGUUUGCAUUAGAAAGGGUUUUGAGGGAUCACAGCGCAGCUCAAAAUACUUUAAAUAGAAUGUUUUAAUGUGAGUGCACGUUGGGACCAUGGAAUGUUGGUUUUCAAUCUCAGACACAUGCAUAUAUGCUUGCAUGGAAAACCAGCGUGGUUGUUUUUUCAAUCAUCUAUUCAAGGAUUUCCUGGUGGGCUUUUUCUCUUAAAAAACAAAUGUGCAUCAAACAAAGAUACGCUUGUUACUUUUGUGAGAGACAAAUUAAAACAUUAGAAAGCAGCUCUGAUGCUUCACCUAGGAACAAUAAAGACUCUAAAACAGCAGUUAAAGUUGCAAAGUUUAUAUCAGCUCAUGUUUCCCCAAAUAAGAAAUGCCUAUUGAAUUUCUGUUUCGUUAAAUUCACAGACCUUAAUGGAUUUUACCUGGAUUUGUUGAGAGAGAGAGACACAAAAUAAUGCAUGGCCAUAAAGCCAUAGGAAAAUGAUAGAUGAUUUUCAAAUUGUUAUACAACUAAAGAUUUAAAAGGCGUGCUCUGUGUUAACAUUCACAGCUCCUAAGCCAUUAUUUUGAAGAACCAUGUUCUAAUCAAAACAUCUCUUAGACAGGUAUGGGAAUGAAAACAUUGAAAUACAGUAUUUUCUCAAUAUCAAGUUCAGUCAUACUGAAAGGAGAGCACACAAAAUUAGAUUUCAAGUCUAGUUAGAACUAAAUUUGAGCUGGGCUUAAAUUAAACCAUUCAAACCUACCCUUAGACUACAACAGGCUUCAUCUUUAGGGCGGUUUUCCUUGUGAAAGAUGAACCUCUGCCCAUACACAGUUCAGAAAGUUGAUCUUAUAGCAUCUUCCUGCAUUCAGUUUUACCUAUCUCCUCAUCGGUUCAGACCAUAUUUUCUAACCCAGCUGAAGACAAGACUGCCUGCCACCAUAUUGCUGCCACCACCACGUUUUAUUAAGCAGGUUUUGUCUUUUGGGUGAUUUGCAGUGUCAUUCUGUUGCAUAUACCAUAUUACAUGUGGGGCAAAAAUUCUCAUCUGACUAAAGGACCACAUUCAUUAUAUUUUCUUGUGUUCCCCACACUGAAUAUAACAACUUGGGUUUCCUGUCGGCUUUCUUUCAUAGUUUUAAUUUUAUUAAUGUUUGCAACAAACUUUCAACAAGUUCUCCCUCCUGAGGCGUGGAUCCCUGCAGCUCAUCCGUCGUUAACAGUGGCCUUCAAGCAGCUUCUCUGAUUAAUGCUUUCCUGGUCUAGCUUGACGGUUUAGGUAAACAGCAAUGUCCUGGUAAUGAAUAUUAUUAAAGUUUUAGGAUAUUGUUUAACCCAACCCCUUUAGAUUUGAUGUGCACAUGGGCCUCUUAGUCCAUUUAUGUUCCUUUAAAAAACUCGGCUACAGCUGUAAUUUAGAGAUUGAAUCACACAUGAAUGGAAUAGAUUAAUAAAUAAAUCAUUUCUCGAGGAAUUUGGUUUCACUAUAUUUUU